AUGAGCACUAAAAAGCCUUUGGAUUUGGUUGUGUAUGGUGCUACUGGGUUCACAGGAAAAUUGGCUUGCGAAUAUUUGGCCGGCAAAAGUCCCGCUUUUUCGGACUCUUUCAAAUGGGCGAUUGCUGGAAGAGAUGCAAAAAAGUUGGAAAAUUUAAAGGAAACGCUGAGCUCUAGGUAUUCUCAUAUGGAAAAAUUGGGAAUCGUUGUUGCUGAUUCUUCGGACGCAGAAGCUCUGGAUAAAUUGACUUCGCAAUGUAAAGCGUUAGUUAGCUUCGUUGGCCCUUAUUCUAAAUAUGGAACAAAAUUGAUUGAAAGUUGCGUCAAUAAUUGUACACAUUAUGCCGAUCUCACUGGAGAACUGUUUUGGGUUCUUCAGAUGAUGGAAAAACUAGACGAAAAGGCCAAAGCAAAUCGGGUCAAAUUGAUACCUACGUGUGGCUUUGAUUCGGUUCCAAGUGAUUGGGGAACAAUGAGUAUUGCUAAAACAUUCAAGGAUAAAUUGGGUGAAGACACUAAACAUGUACGAGGUGUACUAUGGGCAAUCAAAGCAGGAUUUUCCGGAGGAUCUAUUGCAUCAGGACUGGAAGCGUCCUCUCCGGAGAAUAUAGGCAAGACAAUAUCAGUUAUUAAAGAUCCACAAGCUUUAAACCCGAAAGACCGAAAAAAUGGACUAGAUAGUCGCGAUCCAAAUGAUGUUAUAUGGGAUCCAGAGGUGAACCAUUACUUAGCUCCAUUUAUUAUGGCACCGAUCAAUUCUCGGAUUGUUAGAAGGUCUAACGCGUUCAAUGGUUAUGGCCAAAACUUUGCGUAUGACGAAUUUGUAAAGUCAACAUGGCUUAAAGGAAAGGCUAUGUCAUGGGGCUUAGUUUUUGCAAAUUUAUCAAUAUCUAACACUUGGAUUAGACCAAUAACCCAACGCUUAGUGCCCAAACCAGGCCAGGGUCCCAAUGAAGACAUUCAAAAGAAUGGUUUCGCUAAAUUGAAGUUCUUCGGAAGCAGCGCUGAAUCUGGAAAGAAAGCAGUUUGCGAUAUGACAAUUACAGGAGAUCCAGGAUAUGUUGUAACCGCUAGAAUGCUUGUUGAAGCGGGAAUCGACAUGGCACGCGAGUCAGAAGAAAUGGGCGUUUUUGGAUUCAGAACACCUUGCAGUGGGUUGAGUGAAAAGUAUUUUGAGGCGAUGCUGCAAAAUGGUUUUCAAGUGAAAACCGAUCUGGUUGACGAAAAAAAUAUUGAGGAAUAA